GGGUUUGAAAAUUUAAUGAGAGAUCCGCGUCAAAAUAAUUCAUUUUCUUGGUUGCUUUCGAUCCGAUCCUACCCCCCGAUCUCACCACAUUCCAAAAUGUCUCUUGACGAGCAAUUCCAAAAAGUCGCUGCAUCAGUAAGGAACUGGAAGACCAGGCCAAGCGACAACGAGAACCUCGCUCUCUACUCUCUUUACAAACAGGCUACAUCCGGCGAUGUUAACAUCGCUGAGCCCAGUGAAAUGAUCGCCAAGGCUAAGUUCAAGGCAUGGACUGGUCGCAAGGGCAUCUCACAAGACGAUGCUAAGAAGCAAUACAUUGAAAUGGCUGAAAAAUUACAAUCUAAAUACGCUUAAACUUAAACUAAAUUAUCUUGUAAGUUAGUUAGGUUGUGUAACGAAAUGCAUGAAAUUCAAAAUUAGAAAUUCCUUCAACA